GUGGAGGUCGCGGCUUGUUGGCUCAUUGUGCACUCGCCCCUCCGUUCGUUCUGCUUGGCACUCGUUCCAAGCCCCGCCUUGCCUGACCAGCCCAGUCUCACAACUCCGCUCGUUCCCUGCAGUCCACGAUGGAGUACAGAAGUGACCAGGUGCCAAUGACUCCUCGCUCCGCGCAGACGGUGUCCGUCGCGAUGCCGGUGCGUGACCACCUGCCCUGGUCCCUCUUCAAUCUCUUCUACAUGAACAUCUGCUGCCUCGGACUCACCGCCAUGGUCUUCUCGGUGAAAUCUCGAGAUCGGAAAGUGGUUGGUGAUGUAGAAGGGGCUCUUCAUUAUGGUUCGACAGCACGGUCACUCAACAUUGCAGCCACGGUGCUGAGCAUUCUCAUCUUCAUAAUCUUCAUUGCGUUGGCAGCCACUGGAACAUUUGCAGCAAUAAAAGGCACAUCAUAGUGCCACACUUUGAAAGGAUGAGGAGAAGGAAUGAUGCCCCUGGCAGGAGUCGCCUCAUGAUAAAGCUCUUUAAUUUCUUCAUGAAUAGCUCAUCUAUUGCUUGUUUUUCCAUCUGUAAUCUCUAUGGAAUGCUCAUAUGCUUUGCAACAAUAUCUAUGUCUGUUCAAUAAAAUGUGAAUGUAUGGCUUAAAUAGUAUUAAUGAAGUCAUUGAUGGCAUGUUUAUGAACACAAAAAUGUUCUGAGUAUUAUGCUUUUAUUUUGCUCUGUAUGGAUUUUCAGAAAACAUUCAAUAAAUUAGCUCACAAGAGUCUGUUACAAUA